AUGAAAGAGAAGAACCAAAAGGGAAGUACAGAAUAUCAUUGCAUUAAACAUGCAUUAUGGGCUGAUGCAAGAAGCAGGGCUGCAUUUGAUUAUUUUGGAGACGUGGUUUUAUUUGACACCACCUAUAACACAAACAGGUACAAUUUGGUUUUAGGUUCUUUUGUGGGCGUGAAUCACCACGGCCAGUCGACACUUCUUGGAUGUGCGCUGAUGAAAAAUGAGGACAUCCAAUCAUUCAAAUGGCUAUUUGAGUGUUGGCUACGUUGCAUGGGAUGGAAGGCACCAAAAGGUAUUCUUACCGAUCAAUGCGCAUCGAUUCAAAGGGCAAUUGAGCUGUGCAUGCCAACAACAAUUCACCGAUGGUGCAUCUGGCACAUUAUGAAGAAGAUCCCAAGCAAAUUAAAUGGCUACAAGGGAUACAAUAAAAUUGAACAAGAGAUGAGCCAUGUUGUUUGGAACUCGUACACAAAAGAAGCAUUUGACAGAAACUGGAUCGAUUUCCUCAGAAAGUACGGCCUCGGAGGCAACAAGUGGCUUUCAGAGCUGUACGAGGAUCGGCAUAUAUGGAUUCCAGUUUACUUGGAUCACCACUUUUGGACCGGAAUGAGAAGCACACAAAGGAGCGAGAGCAUGCAUUCAUUUUUCAACAAGUUCAUCACACGGAAUAGCUCCUUGAGACAAUUCGUGAAGCAAUACAACAAUUGCCUAGCAAGCAGAGAGAGAAUUCGAUGCUGUAGAUUUUCACACUGUGAUAUCUUGCGCAACAAAAUCAGCAAUAGAGGCAUAGUUUCAGCAUGUUUCACAACAUAUGAAGCCAUAGAGCAAGUUUUCUACUCCACAUUCGACAAGUUUGUCGUCACCUACGACACAGUAUCACGAGAUGUAAAGUACCAUUGCUUGCUGUUUGAGUCUAGGGGCAUAUUGUGCCGCCAUUCCCUAAGCGUCCUAAGCUUUGAGCGAGUGGAUAACGUGGCACCAAAAUACUUAUUGGAACGCUGGAGCAAGAACAUACAGAGGAGGCAUACACACAUUAAGAGCAGCCAAGAUGAACCUCUACUGGAGCCAAGAAGUAAGAGAUUUGACAAAUUAAUGUUUCUGUCGCACAAUAUAUGUGAAUUUGCAUCCGAGUCUGAAGAGUUGACUGGAAUUUUGCACCGAGCAUUUGACAAGGUCAUGGCAGAGAUGGAAGAAUAUCAAGAGAGAAGCAAAGGAAAAAGUUUGUUAACCCACGAAGAAGCGAUAUUAAGCAAUGUGAAUGACCUUCAAAGCCCACCACGUGUCAAAACAAGAGGUCGGUCCAAGAACAGACUUGGAUCAAACCUGGAAAAAAAGAUAUCAAAUGCAAUGAAGAAAAAAAAAAAGACAGCUCCAAGCGAGUUGAACCUUUUAGACUCCGGAUCAUCGAUUCAGUCAAGCUCCACUCUUUACAAUGCACCAAAUAUGAAUUAUCCAAGAGAGAAUUUUUUUCGAUUCGUCUAG